GUGGCACAGAACGCACGUUGCUCCAUUUUCGUGCAACACGCACAGAAAAGCCCCGUUCUCUCAUCCUCCUGUCCGCCGUCUCUCGCUCGCAUCGCCGACCGUCCUAGUACAACGUCGAGUCGGGUUGGUUUUCACGGUCUGUGCUCGAAAGGGUUGGAUAUCGGUAUCCCGCGGUCGAACGAACCCAGUUGACUCUGCCGAAGUCGACCGAGGAUCCAGGUGUACCGUCUCGGUGAUAGAGGAUCCAGGUGUCUGGCGCGUAUCCAGUGGAAACGGACCGUUCGCGACGCGUCUAUAGGAACCGGUGGUGAAACGGGACACGCGACGCGCCGUAAUUUUUCGUGCACCGAGGGAACCACGAAUUACGUAGUAACCGGGCGCUUUCGUUUUCGACGAAGAGAACAGUGCACUGUGAUUCGUGAGAGACCCGCCACCAGUGAGUUUCCAGGGACUGGUUCCUCGAGGGCGAAACGAAGGUCGCGCAGGGUCCGGGGAACCGAGCGUCAUGGCCGCGACGAGGAUGGACUGGAAGAUUAGAUUAUACGCGAUCGUGUGGCUGAUGUCUAUCACGUCGCUGCAAUGCCAGGGGACCACUCACGAGAACACGGAGGGCGAGGGAAACGCAGAGGACCCUGUCGUGGACGAGACUACCGAGGAUUACUGGACCGGAAGCGGAUCUGGUCCCGAAGAGGAUGACCCGCUACGCAACGAAACCAGAGAAGGGUUGACGCACGAAGCCAGUGAUCACGACGCCGUGGUGUACGUUGGCGAGGGCGCAGCGUACGUCCCGGUCCCAUCGUUGAAGGGACGACCUCUGAGUCCAAAUCUCCAAGCCCUACAAACACUGCAGGGCUUGCAGGGUAUCCCUGGAGGUGGGGGGACAGGAGUGAUCGGCGACGACGACUGGAAGAGGCAUCCGGAGACUUGGGACCGCGAACACAGGAGAUACAGACCCAACACGACACGAGUUCAACACAUCGAGGCAGAGUGCCAGGACGACUACAUGAAGAUCAGGAUUGGGUUCAACGGAUCAUUCUCCGGACUCCUAUACUCGGCAGGCUAUUCCUACGACCCGGACUGCAUGUACGUGAACGGGACGGGCCGCGAUUACUACGAGUUCUACAUCCAGCUGAAUCGGUGCGGCACCCUCGGUGAGAACACUCAUCAUCAGGACAGCAGAAAGAAUCCUACGAAAAACCUGAUGUGGAACACCGUCACGGUGCAGUACAACCCGCUGAUAGAAGAGGAGUUCGACGAACACUUCAAAGUGACUUGCGAAUACGGAUACGACUUCUGGAAGACUGUCACCUUUCCGUUCUUAGACGUCGAAGUGGCGACGGGAAAUCCCGUAGUGUUCACCCUGCAGCCGCCUGAGUGCUACAUGGAAAUCAGAUACGGUUACGGGACCACUGGAACUAGAGUGGCUGGACCAGUUCGCGUCGGCGAUCCUCUGACUCUCAUUAUCUACAUGCGCAGCAAAUACGAUGGUUUCGACAUUGUCGUGAACGAUUGCUACGCGCACAACGGCGGGAAUAAGCGUAUCCAGCUGAUCGAUCAGUACGGCUGUCCCGUGGAUGAUAAAUUGAUCAGCAGAUUCCGCGGAUCCUGGUCUGAGAGCGGCCUCUUUGAGACGCAAGUGUUUGCCUACAUGAAGACGUUCAGGUUCACCGGCUCCCCAGCCUUGUACAUCGAAUGCGACGUCAGGAUGUGCCACGGGCGAUGUCCAAGCCAGCCGUGUCACUGGAGGAACGCCAAAAACGUGGCGAAGCGGUCGCUGCCAGAAAUCGGGUCGUCGACACCAGCGAGCAGUUUGUCGGAAAACGUGAACCUUUUCCAGUCGUUGCGCGUGCUCCAGGAGGGCGAGGCCGACACGGAGUUCUUCCAAAAUUCCACCACAGCAUCCCGAAGCGGAUCCAGCGAACUGGCGAACGAUAGAGUCUGCCUAAGGUCAACGGUUCUCAGCACAAUGAUAGGGAUUGGUUGCGGUUUCCUGUGCAUAAUGGCAGGCACGAUAUUGGCCAUGUGUUCGCGAAUGCGACGACAGGCUAGGGAGAAGCUACUAUCAGACAGCAUAAGCUACAUGACCCACAAGGGUAGAAUCAACUAAACCUUCUCGAACGCGCAAGCGAGUCUCUCUAUUACAGGCAUGUCCAUGGGUGUGUCCCUCGCCUAAUUCCGCGGUUCAUUCCCCUCCCACACGCCCCAGUCGAUAAACAUAGCAAUCUACGAUGUUCCUGCCUUCGAUAGGACAAUUUUGUUAACAAAAGAAUAGGCGGUACGUAAAUUUUCGAAAGAGACGUUCGAAUCGAAUGCGUAUCGCGACACCUGGCGGCGUGUGACGCCAAGCUCACGGGACAAAGUGAGGGAAGGGACAUGCCUGCCCUCUAUUUCCUUCUUAUCGGUUGUAUCUCCGUCGGUACGUGCGCAUCCGUCGCCAUCGAUGAAGAUAUUUUUUGUCGAUAACGCGAGGACCAUAACCGCGUCGGUAAGGAACCACGCGAACGGUGAAAGUUACAUCGAUUCGGUUGGUAAACAAUGAGUAGUGUUGUCGACGGUCGAUAAGUAAACGAGGAGUACAUAAGUGUAUGCAAAAUUUGUGUAUCUAAAGUGACGAUUACUUAGGACGGAUUAGUAAAUUGUAAGGGAAAUCGAACAAUUGCCAAGUAUUGUGAUACAUGUGUCGAUUAGGUGUACGUUGGUAUAUUUUUGAUGAAUGAUUCGCCGUCGAUAUAGUGGAAUGAAGACCCAGUUAGGGAUAUCGUUACCGACUGAAGUCGUGCUUCUUCUACCGACGACGCUUUCCCCUCGUAUCUCUGUCUUUCUCUUCUACAAUGAAAGAUAAACGCUUGAAAGUUUAUCACGCGUACGAGCGAGUUGCCGUCCGUCGAUAAUAUCGACGCAUAGGCGAAUUUAGCAGUCGAGGAUUUUGCCACGGUCUCUGCGUCGAGCGCUCGAAAGGUAAAAGCUUAUCUUUGGAUGGCAAGCCAGCAUCUGCGGACGAUAAAAGGAAUACCUGUUUCGGAUGCAUUCGAUUGCUUUACCAUAGUCUUUUCCUCUCGCGCGCGCGACAUUUUAAGAGAUCAAAAUAGAUAGAUACGGGCACCUAAUGCCGCCGAUGAGAUUCAGUAGUUUAAGUAUGACCAAUAACAUUACUCGCCAUAUUCAGGAACGCAAAAAAAUGAAUGAAAUCUCGAGUUGCAACUUGAACAAUCAAUUCGAAGCUUAACAGUGGGAACGAUGCAGAGAAUUAAAACUUGCUGAUUCCUUGGAGUGAAAAGGGUUAAAUUAGAAAUCAUUCUUUUGUCAAAAGCGCGUUGUUUCGCUUUAACCCCUUAUUGUACGAUUUAAAUAUUCUUUGACUGAUGAAGGUCGAAAAGUAAAAUGAAAGAAAGUUUGUAACUGUUUUAAACAACAUUCUACGUGGUAAGGGAUAUACAUAUUCUCAUGAGAAGCUGUAUCGCCGAUGGAUUAAGGGAAACUCGACCGACUGACUGGUUUCGUAACCGAGGUUCCUGAAUGUUCGCGGAUAAUGCCUUAACGUAUGGUAUACAUAUCGCUAUUAUAAUAAACAGCCACAAUAUCUAGGUUUACACUAUCAUAUGCAUAUGGUAUAUACAGCGUCAGAACGUGACUUGAUUUCCUUCAUUUUCACUGUUCUAAUUUUUCUUUUUUUUUUUUGUUUCUUUUGUGCAUUCUCGAGAAGCAGGAGCAUCGCAUAAUCGCCACGAGCGCGAACGGCCAGAGAGGAUUAAAUAAUAUUUCACGAAACCACCCCCGCGCGUGCAGGGGGGAGCCAAAGAAACGUAGCCCAGCUCUCGUCUAUAAUUAUUUAUUCCAGAAUUCCAUCGAUCUUUUCGCCUGCCUGUGAAAUAUUAAUUUCCCCUCCUGGUCGUUCCCCAGACCCGUUAAACGUUCUCAUCCAAGAUCGAACGCCCGUAGUCACAACGCAGACUCCAUUUUUCUCACCACGAGACAAUCAGCAACACAGAAUCCACCUGCUCGAUCGAAUCACUUGUAAAUAUAGUACCGUACGAUGCAUAAUAUUUAUGACCAAGCUCGAGUGUAUCAAGGUUUCCAAUAAACAGUAGAAGGAGAGCCCGUGGUUUUUCCUACCUUGAUGCCAAGUUUCUGUUACUUGUCUUCUAGACACUUUGGUCUAAUUUUGGGCUUCUAAGGUGAGCCCAAUUCGUGUUAUCAUAACAUCACUCCGUACAUCAGUACAUUAAGUACAUUAAGUACCUGUAGCUCGGGUACUUCGGGGUUGGUAAACCUGUACUGUUGCUGCGUAUUCGCAUGCUACAGUCCCUGAGGGUCGUAAUAUAUUUCGAAUCAGAUGGACCGGAGCC